AUGGCCCAACUUCAAAACCAAAAGGCUGGUCGCCUGCUGAUACGGAAAUUAAUUGCAGAAAAGUUGUGCAUACCUUGGAAUGAAAUACACUUGCAAAGGACAUCAAAAGGAAAACCUUUCCUGGCAAAUAGCGUAUUCAGUAUCUAUUCGAAUUACAACUUCAAUGUCUCUCAUCAAGGAGAUUAUGCAGUUCUUGCAGCUGAGCCUGAGCUUCAAGUUGGCGUUGACAUUAUGAAGACUGACUUACCAGGCAGUAGCUCAAUUCCAAAUUUCUUUCGUAUCAUGAAGCGACAGUUUACUGAAACAGAGUGGGGUGUAAUCAAGUCUAUGAGUAAUGAAUGGAUGCAGCUGGAUAUGUUUCAUCGGCACUGGGCCUUAAAGGAAAGCUUCUUAAAGGCUGUGGGAGUUGGAAUUGGCUUCAACUUGCAAAGAAUUGAAUUUAAUGUGUCCCCAUUGCAACUGGAAAUAGGGAAGGUGUAUAAGGAGACAACAAUGCUUCUGGAUGGAGAUAAAGAAGAAGAGUGGAUGUUUGAGGAAACACGGUUAGAUGGCCAUCAUCAUGUUGCAGUGGCUCUCGGGAAACAGGAGGGAUUUGGACAGAAGCAUUCUGAUGAAAGGUCUGGGAAGGAGAAAUAGUUUCAGAGGACAGCAACAGCUAAUGUCAAAUCUGGAAUGUAUGUGCUACAGCAUUCAGUGUGUUCAUUCAAGAGGAGAUUAAGUGAUUUUUUGUCACAGCCUGCUAGAACUCAUGUGGGAAAGAUGGUUUUCACAGAGGGAAAUGGAGGCAGUGAACCAAUCUGGACUGCUAAACUAGUACGGCACCUCAGCAAGUUGAUUUUAAUGGGGGACUGUCAGUGCAUGUAUCCAAGAGCAGAUCCAUCUCUCAAACACCGUUAUGACAAGAUAACCCUUGAGGCAAGAAACAACAACCAACAGAUGGGAAGAACAGCAGUGUUAGUCUUCAUUCCAUGUGGUCUCUUUAUUGAGAGAAGCAACAAAGCUAUUUAAAAGCUUUUCAGGAUUUUCUGUGUAAUUUAGCAAAGACCUGGGUCAUGAAAAUAGUAAUAGAAGUCAUAUCUGAGACAGACUGGCAAAUUGUAGCCAAAAUAGCCAGACAGUCAGCAAAGGAAAGUGUGACGUAUUGCCAGGUUUGUCUGUGGUGUUUUAGCUGCUAACAAGAAAAUUGGGUAGUUGUUUCCUGUUACAUACAAAGGUUCUGCCAAGAACUAGAAAAAAAAAAUAGUAUAUGAAUGGAUAAAAGGAUGAAAGUGGUCAUGCACACAUCUAUCAUGGCCAUAAAAUCUGACUUUGUGAUCAUGGACAACAGAGGCAGACCUUUUAACUAGUAUUGGUUAGAUUAAUAGAAGACAUAUAAACUACCUCUGAGGAUUUACUGUGGUAAAUCAGUGCUCAAAUAUUGUUUAAGAAAAUAUGCGCGUUCUGUUUGACAGGACAUACUUAAGUUCCCAGUGGGGCUGCGUAUCAUCCUUCCUACAGGAAUACUGAUAAAUGUCAGUCUGAGGUGAAAAGAAGGUGGCCAUUAUUUCUAAUAGACAAUUACCUAAGUAUUCUACAAAAA